GUUCAAAUAAAGUUCACUUAUGAAAUUCAACUAACUCGGGGAUUUUUUUUUCCAGAGAAUUGGAAGAUGAUCAAUACUAACCCAGUCUGCUUUGGAGCAAAGGCUGACUCAUACGGAAGAUUUAACAUUUCGGAGAGUGGGGUCAUCUAUACGUUUAAACUUGUUCAUCUGAGCGGCUCAGUUAGCUGUAAUCCGACAUACCCAUCUUCUUACUGGGGAUGUGACAAUCCGGUUUUUGAGAAGGAGAGACUAUUUACUGUUAUAACGUUUCAGAACAGGUCUGCUCUUUUGCUCGCAGAUUACAGAAGAAAGAACUGUAGAUAUUAUUCUUACAAGAUAGAAGGUGUAGGUAUUAACCAAACUGAACUUCAGUUCAACAUCCUCCCAUCUCCAAUAUCCGUGUCUGUUGGAGACGAGUUUCAAAUUUGGUACGGACAAGACUUAAAAGACUGUUCAGAAAACAAUAACAGCGGUCAGACUUGUGCUGAUGUUCAUGCGUUGUACGCGUGA